AUGAACGGCAGCACUCCUCCCGUCCGCACCAUCACCGCGUUGAAGAGAUGGAGUUGUGUGGAUAAGCAGAUGCCGGGGGUGGAAGGUGUGCGGAACAUCCAUGUCUACGACUUUGACAACACACUCUUCUCUUCCCCAUUACCCAAUCGACAGCUGUGGAACUCGGGGACAUGCGGAUCGUUACAAGCACAAGACUUCUUACACAACGGAGGAUGGUGGCAUAAUCCGGCCAUAUUAUCAGCCACUGGCCAAGGACUGGAGGUAGAAGAAGGACGAGCAUGGCAGGGCUUUUGGAACGAGAAGAUUGUGGAACUGUGCGCACUCUCCGCCGCAGAAGAGGACACUCUAAGCAUCAUGCUCACCGGCCGAGCCGAGGCCAACUUCUCCGACCUGCUCAACCGCAUGAUCACAGCCAAAGGCCUGUACUUCGACAUGAUCUGCCUGAAACCCUCCGUCAGUCCCUCGGGUGAACUCUUCGCAAGCACCCUCACCUACAAGCAAGCUCUGCUCCGCGACAUCGUCUACACCUACCCCCACGCAGCCGAAAUCCGCAUCUACGAGGACCGACCAAAACACACCAAAGCCUUCCGCGACUUCUUCGCCCACUUCAACCGCUCGUUAUCAUCCCCCUCCAUCCCUCCACCUGUUCAACGUGCCCCAAUCCGCUGCGAAGUCAUCCAAGUAAGCGAACAAGAAACAACCAUGGACCCCACCACCGAGACGGCGUGCGUGCAAGCCAUGAUCAACACCCACAACACCUCGAUCCUCAACCAAACCGCCCCACCCCGAGCAGUCCCCUACAAACUCAAACGCACCGUCUUCUUCACCGGCUACCUGCUCACGCCCCCCGACACGGAAAGGAUAAAAUCCCUCGUCAAACUCCCCCCAUCCCUACCCGAGCACGAAGUCAAAUGGCUAGCGAACAACAUCCUCAUCACGCCCCGUCCAGCCCCGAAAUCACUGUUAGAUAAAGUCGGCGGCCUAGGCGCCAAAGUCCGCUGGCGUGUCACCGGACUCGGGAACUGGAACCAACGGGUCUGGGCUGCUCGCGUCGCUCCUGUCGAUCCUGGCGUACGAGUUCAUUCCGAGAACGCCACACCCUGCGUCGUGCUGGCCCUGAAACGGGACGCGAAGCCGAUCGAAGCUACCAAGAUCUCCUCGUGGCAGGCUGUGAGUCAGAGUGAAGGGAUGGAGUUCGAGACCACGAUGGGGGAGAAAGUGAUGUUGAGGAUCGAGGAGGAGGUCAGGGGGGAGGAUGCUUACGAGGCGAGUUUCGCUAGUCAGGGGAAUGGACGGCAGCAGCAGAUGGGGGGGCAGGGGAGGAAACAUCCACGGGACGAGGAGUUUCCUGCUUUGGGGUCUGGUGGGCAGCAGGGUAAGGGGGGGAGACCGCAGUUUAGGGCGGGUGGGUAUCAUAAUGGUAAUGAGAAUCGGAAUCCGAAUUCCUCUUGGGCGGGGAAGGCGGGAGGCGGGAAUGGGAUUGGUUUCUCUUCUCAACGCGGCGGUGGCGGUGGCGGUGGUGGGCGAGGCGGGCGUGGAGGUGGAGGUGGAGGUCGAGGAGGUGGUUUCCGCGGUCAUCGUGGCGGCGGUGGUGGCGGAGGAGGGGGAGGAGGAGGAGGAGGAGGCGGAGGACGUGGUGGUCGCGGGGGAAGAGGCCAGUACCGCUUUCUAGACGAUAACGUGCAAGCCGGUGGUGCGGGGUAUGGCGAGGCGGGCGGGAUGCAGUAUUAG